UCACAGCGCCAUAGCAUCAUAGAAACCUUAUAUCCAAGGACUUAUGGAUGUUAUGUUUAGGAUGGAUUAAAUGGAUGCGCUGAGCGGCUGAUCAUUGUGGCUUGUAACAAUCCCAUUUCACCUACAACCUCGACCUACAACCGCUUCCAAUCUAUUAACGUGUUUUUGCUUUUCCCCCGACAGGAAUAAUAAGCUUACCAAGGCCAGCAAGGCAUCCCCUCUUGUUCUUUCUUCUUUGUGACGCUCCCUACUGGGGUUUUAAAAAAACACCCAAUCGCGUAUGCAUUCUCGUUGGUCUCGUUUAUUGGCAUAGAAGCCACCUCAAUUCCAAGCAGGAACACCAUUCGUUCGAACCCUGGCUGGAACCUAGGCGUCGAUCUUCGCUCCUUAUCCCUCUCGUCAUUGUCUCGAACCGCUGCCCUGUGUCUUUUCGCACAGAGGUAAUGUCUAUUUCUUCCACGGCUGCUGCUCUUAUCGAAGUUAUUCCCUCGACGAUAGCCACGGCUUCCCCGAACGCAGCGAUAGGAGUCGACCUCCCUCCUGCUCCCGCCGACGUCUCUUCGCUUAUUACUACUACCGCCACCGCGAUAGCCGCCGCGGCGACCACAUCAAUGGCCCCUCCCGAAGGCGAUCAUGGCGGAGAGGGAGAGUGUCGGUUGUUAGGACCGUUUGCUUUAUUUGUACAGCUUGCGUUGGGUGGUUUGGCCCUCCUGUCUCUGGUCUACAAGCGGUGGCGAGAGCGGCCGCAGCGACCUGUCAAGAUCUGGUUCUUUGAUGUGUCCAAGCAGGUGUUUGGGUCGGUUUUGGUGCAUAUCGCGAAUGUUUUUAUGUCGAUGCUCACCAGCGGUCGGUUCUCUAUUAAGUUGGAUCCGGCGAGUGUGCAGGCGGCGGAGAGAAUGCUUCGACGAGAGGAUGACCCAUACGUCCCAAACCCCUGCUCCUUCUAUCUGUUAAAUUUGGCUAUCGAUACUACCGUCGGCAUUCCCAUUCUCAUCAUCCUUCUCCGCGUCGUCACCGGUCUCGUAUCAUACACACCCUGGGGAAAGCCGCCAGAGUCAAUUCAGUCUGGCAACUACGGCAGCCCUCCAAGCGCCUGGUGGUGGCUAAAACAAUCCGUUAUCUACUUCUGCGGCCUGUUUGGCAUGAAAGUCUGCGUCCUUAUCAUAUUCUUCAUAUUACCAUGGAUAUCUCGUGUGGGGGAUUGGGCUCUCAGGUGGACCGAAGGCAACGAACGCGUUCAGAUCGUAUUUGUCAUGAUGUUAUUCCCCCUCAUCAUGAAUGCGAUGCAGUAUUACAUAAUCGACAGUUUCAUCAAGCUGAAGGACAACGGCCACGAAAUAUUACCGUCGGAAGAUGACGAGGGACGUGAUCCUUUCGACGACGCACUCGCGGAUAGCGACGACGAGGGCUCCGUCAGCGCCGAGAGCAACGAAAGUAUGAAGCUUUCCGAUUCUAGGAAUUUUAAGAAGUCCCAAAAGGGCCCUGGUCAAGGACGUGAAGAAUACGAUCCGGAUUUGGAUGGCCAAACGGUCAUAGGGAGCAGUAGAAGUCAUGAAGAUAGGGGCAGACUUCUACCCAAGGAAUUGGUUCCACCAGAGUAACUUAUUGCGUCACUUUUGUUUACGGUUUAGCAUUGGCAAGUUUGUUGUUUUUUUAAACGGUGUAUAUUAGGUACUCAAUGAUGAAGAUAUCAGUACACCAAUCGGCAUUUACGCAUUCCUAAGCAGUGUUUUAUAUAUUGGGAAUAUAUGGUAUGGAUACGGUGUAUGGUUGAUCUUAAAUAAGUGGUAAUGGUAUCCAUAGAGAUAUCAAUCGCGGAUUAGUUUGGCCUCGUACCUCAUACGUUUGGCGGGACUCCGCAGCGUCUUAGCUGCAGCUGCAGGUUGUUGCCUGCAGACGGUCCUUCAUGUUCUUAUUACGUCUUUGUUGACCAACUGCAAGGCUGAAUCAAGUCAUCACGAAUAAGGCUCCCCUAUGUCCCUCUGUGCAAUGAGUUGAAGCUUGCUCAAAGCUCCUUAAAGCUUGUCGUCUCUAGAUAGCAGAUACUCGAACUGGUGGCGAUAGAGUAUCUACACAACGAAUGC